AUGCCUCGACAGCGUGCAAAGCCGCCGAUGAUGGCGCAGACUGAGGCGGCCUUGCGAAAAGCCGCGGAAAAGCCACCCGUGCAGUUGUCGCGGGACCAGGUAUCGCGCGCCUACGACAUACUAGAGCAGCAGCGUAUCGGGCCCUAUGCCGUAAAGUAUGGCUGUAUCGGCUCCGUGGGCCUUGUUGCCUACACCUACCUCAGGGGGUUCUACCACCUGGCCCAAAAAAAUCGCGAAGCUUGGAUGGGCACCUUCCGACAUCGCAUCAUGCUACUGGGCCCCCUCAUAGCGAUGUACGCGACGGCCAAUGACGUCAUUCCGCUGCCGUACAAGGAGCGCGUCGAGGCAGCCUUGAACCGGCAAGCAAUCUCAAUGUACGACAUUGUCACGGCCAAGGAGACCGUCCGGAAGGCACAGGUGCUUCCGCUGAGUGCUCAAAUGUGA